GAGUCUAGGCUGGCAUUCACUCAAGAUGCCUCACAUGAAAUCUCUGCUAGUAGCYUGACUCGAGUAAAGAGGAUUAGCCCAGGAUUAGCCAGUCGGGUGAAGUAACGCAAUCAGAAUGUCAUUUCCGGAAGAUUUCUCGUAGUUUCUUUACAAAGGUGUAAAUUCCUGCCGUUGUUGCUGAAGCGUACAUAAAGGAGGAAUUACGUCAACAGCCUUGUCGAACCACACCCAUCACACGGUCCCAUAACACGGUACCAAGCUGCGCCAUAAAUACAAUCAUCUCACUUUGGGACACGUUAAACAGUCACGAGCAAAACAAGAGCCAGAAAACAAAACAAACGAUCGUUCAAAAUAAAGGCAAUCAUCAUGAAGUGUAAUGGUCUAGUUGUGGUGUUGGCAUCAGCUGUAUUUGGUUUCUUAUCGACAACUGCACAAGUUGCAGAUCUCCCCAAAGAGAUCAAUUUUUUCACCGAGGCUGGACUGACCACAAACACCCCACCAGGAGUGUCCAAAGUCUCUGGUCACCAUAGCAACAGCCCAGCGUAUCGAUUCACAAGCAGCACUAGAAAUAUCAUCUCCAGGCAAAAGGGUCUUGACGAUGCUAGACGCGUGAUCAGUGAGAGCCAUGACUUUGUAGUUAGUGCGUAUGUUAAGAUGGACAGCAAGGCAAAGUAUGGCAAGAACGCUAUUUUAUCCAUCAGCUCUAGUGAUGGCCAACAACUCUAUUUCUUUAUCGCGAUAUCGAGUGAUUGGCAAACCUCUCAAAUGAAAAUUGAAUUCUCUUUUGUUGAUGGUGGUAAUCUAAAUACCAUAGCAGCCAAGACACCCUACUCCGUUGACGUCACAGUAUGGCACAAACUAUCGUUACGCGUCCAGGACACUGAAAAACUUUUGAGGUUCUACUUAGACGACAAGAUGUUGGAUGUGCACAAGUUUGAUCACACUCUCUCGUCUAUCCCAUCUAACAGUCAAAUGCGGUUAGCACAGGCCUUUGAGAUCAUGAUGGAGGGAACUGGACAAAUCACCAACAGAUUUAUCGGAGAUCUACAGGACGUGAAGAUAUCGCUUGGAUCUUCAUCUGAUAAAUGUAACACACCCACAACCGUGCCUGCACCAUGCGCAUGUCCAUCAAAAGGAGGCAGCGGCUGUUUCAUGGAUGGUCGUAGCUAUAGCAACGGUCAGCAGUGGAACAAAGACAAAUGCAAUGUCUGUCAGUGCAAGGACAAUAACGUGAUCUGCAUCCACACAUGUCCAGUGUGUAGAGACAGUGGUAAGAUCUAUUUCCAUGGCGACAAGUGGCAUCCUAGUAACGAUAGCUGCAUGGACUGUAAAUGCGAGUCUGGGAAGACAGUUUGUUCACCUCCAACUUGUGCCAAGCCAGACUGCAGAAAGCCAGGAUACUCUGGUCAAACAAUAGUCCUUCCCGGACAAUGCUGUCCUAUUUGUAAAGAGGAUCAGUGCAAGGCGAGAAAUCUAGUGUACAAGACAUGUAGUUGCAACAAGACAUGUGCCAAUCACCAUUCUAAGGCGCCAUGCGGCGGGAAGUGUAGUGAAGGCUGUUUCUGCCCUGACGACCAAGUCCUGGCUGACAAUGGAAAAUGCAUCUCUCCUGUCGACUGCAAGUGCAGAAGCAAUGGAAAAACCUUUAAACCUGGACAAUUCCACUCACCUUCCCCCUGUAAAUUCUGUAUUUGUCUUCUCGGCUACUUGCACUGCAGUAACAUGUGCUUUUAAGCAAUGGGAUGCCAUGCUAGGAAUCUCGUGAUUAAACUUAAAUGUCGAGUGACAUGGUGUCGAAAAUAGCCACGCCUUGGUUAUUCGAUGUGCCUAUUAUAACAUUUCUUCUUAUAGCAUAUCAAUUAUCAUACAAGUAUUUAUAAAGUUAUUUUAUAAAUGACUGAAGGAUUUGUCUAUUGAACAAGUUUUGUUCUUCAACAGUAUUCUGUAUUCAGAUUUAGCCUAGAAUCAAACAAACUAUUAUGCCAUUUACUUAAUCAAUCAUGUAAAUAAUUGUCUACUCCAAAAUAAAAAUUUCAAUCAAA